AUGCUUCGAGUAUCGGUGCUAGCGCCAACCAUACGGUCCUGUUUGGUUCGGCCGGUACGUUCGCGCACGCUCAUUCAUCACCUAAAACCUUUAGUAGGUCCACAAAGGCUUUACGUUCGCUUCAAUUCUUCCAACCAGUCGCCGCCACCUUCGAACGAAGACGUCAAAUCGACUAAUGAACCACAACCCAAACCAGGCCGCCCAAAAAAUCUCUUUAAUGACUUGAAACGACUUAUCAAACUUGCAAAACCAGAGACAAAAGUACUUGCCGCGGCAUUGUUGUGUCUUGUCACCACUUCAUCGGUAUCCAUGUCACUUCCCUUGUUCAUAGGAAAGAUCAUCGAUACCACGAAAGCUCCGCUCGAGGACGCAGCAACUGAAAUCACUAUAUUAGGACUUCCAGAAUACCAAUUUUACACUUCACUUUUAGUACUUUUUGGCAUAGGUGCUUCUGCCAACUUUGGUCGGAUGUACUUGUUGCGCUCAGCCGGUGAACGGCUCGUGGCUCGACUAAGAUCACGCGUCUUCUCAAAGAUCCUUAGCCAAGAUUCCUAUUUCUUUGACUUGGGACCAUCUAAAAAUGGGAUGAAAACUGGUGAUUUGAUUUCUCGUAUAUCAAGCGAUACCCAAAUCAUUGCAAGAACCAUGAGUGGAAAUAUAUCGGAUGGUGCCCGUGCGCUUAUCAGUGGCGUUGUGGGACUUUCAAUGAUGUCAUAUGUCCUGUGGCAAUUGACCUUAUGUAUGAGCUUGAUAUUCCCUCCUCUCAUCAUAAUGUCUACAUUCUACGGACGGAGAAUAAAAAGUUUGUCUCGCCAAAUCCAGGAAAAUCUUGGAGGAAUGACGAAAGUUGCUGAAGAAAAGUUCAAUGCGAUCAAGACCAUCCAAAGUUUCGGUCAACAGAAACGGGUUGUCCACGAAUUCAACCAAGAAGUUAGGAAAAUUUUUACAACUUCUACGCAUGAGGGGUUUCUCAGUGGUAUAUACUAUGGUGGUAAUGGAUUGCUUGGUAAUGUCACUAUGGUGGGCCUUUUGGUGGUUGGUACCAAAUUGAUAGCCUCGGGUGAUAUUUCCAUUGGAGAUCUUUCAAGUUUCAUGAUGUAUGCCGUGUAUACGGGACUGUCAGUAUUUGGACUCGGCAACUUUUAUACAGAGUUGAUGAAAGGACUAGGUGCGUCCGAACGUGUGUUUGAGCUUAUGGAUCUGAAACCUAGCAUAACUACCAGCUUGGGGCGUAAGAUCAAGGAUAUCCACGGAGAUAUAGUUUUCCGCGAUGUCAAGUUCCAUUAUCCUUCGAGACCUGAUUCACCAAUAUUUGGUAAUAAGCCAUUGAAUCUUACGAUCAAAAAGGGCGAGCACGUUUGCUUUGUUGGUCCAUCUGGAAGCGGUAAAUCGACGAUUUCACAAUUGCUUCUUCGAUUCUACGAUCCUAUUGAAGGCAGUGUAAUUGUCAACGGAUACAACAUCAAGGAUAUGAACCUCACUCACUUUAGACAACAAGUGGGAUACGUUCAACAAGAUCCUGUCCUUUUCAGUGGCACAAUUGAAGAGAAUAUUCGAUUUGGCAAGCUUGACUGUACUGCAGCCGACAUCAAUGAGGCACUUGAGAUUGCCAAUGCAUAUAAUUUCAUUCAGGCAUUUCCCGCCAAGCUCGAUACGAUUGUGGGACCCUCGAGCAGCGCCCGGUUGAGCGGAGGACAGAAACAGCGGCUCUCGAUAGCGAGGACCCUUAUUAAGCGGCCCGAGAUAUUGGUGCUUGACGAGGCCACUUCGGCGUUAGAUACAAGUCUGGAAGAGAUAGUGAUGCGCAACCUCAUGGCUGUGGCCGGCGAGAGGCAGUUUACAAUGAUACUGAUUGCCCAUCGGCUUUCUACAAUCCGCAACAGCGAGCGGGUGAUUGUACUUGCAGGCGAUGGACAAAUAGUUGAAGAUGGCUCAUUCGACGAGUUGUACAAUAAUCCCGACAGCGAAUUGAACAAGCUUUUAAAGACAUAUAGAGAGUAG